AUGUCAUAUGUCCUCGGCCCCUGCUUUGCAGUCCUAAUGUACCAUCGCAAUUGCGCAAGUCCUUCUCCUGUGCUGGUAUAUCGAGCUAUCUUCUCCCCCCGCGUUAGGGAACAAGCGAAGGGGUUGUUUUUGCUGCCGCUCGAUCUCGGUGUUCGAUCCUUAAUCCCCGACGAACUCCCAGGAAAGGUUCUCAUUGCCUCGUGGCCGUACAAGCCAAGUGUCGCCUACCGAAAUGGACCGCCCGAGCUCCGCCCUCUGCGCGAAACAGCUAAAUAUGCAGCGUCGCCUGUGUACACCGAGGACGUCGACGCCGCGCGCCUGGGUUCGCACUGGAGCAAGGACUCCACCUCCGACAUCGUUUUUGCCUCCCAAUCCCUCUACCAGGACUCGUCCUACGGCGCUCCCUGGUCCUACCCUUCAACGUGGGCCUACGAGACGGCUGGCAUCUCCUCAGAUUCGGACGAGGAACACAUGGACUUCUUUGAAAGGAGAAUGCGCACACCCGACCUCACCGAAUCUCCCGCCUCGUCGCUGCCCACCACGCCCAACAGCCUCGACACCUCCUUCGACUGCAAGAUCGCAAAGCCCGAGCCGCGCUCUGGGCUGAUGAUCAACACGAACAUCCCCCGCCCCCGUAUUUAUGAAGCCAACACCAGCAUCACCUCUUUUUCGCCUUCGACCUCGAUAAUGCACACCGCUAUCGAGGAGCCUUACAACGUGCUCUUCUCCGCCAGCCCAGUCUCGCCAGGAAAACGCGUAUUUAUGUCUGAUUCCGCCAUCACCGCCGUCGACGACGAGGAGAUGACCUCUCCUUCCCUCUGGUCGUCAACCUCCGCGACCGAGAUGUCUUCUCCCUCGAGCUACUCCGACUCCUCCGCCACGAGCUCCUUCCACGGCGAGGACUUCUUCCAGCGCUCGUCGACACCGUCCCCCGAACCCGAACCCCUCGCUCUAUGGGCGCAAUACCAGUUACAGGUGCAGUCGCCACCUCAACAAUGUCAGCUUUCUUCGUCCGUCUCGACUUCAAUAACCGACGUUCUUCCCCAUUCAAGGCUCUCCAACUCCCUCUUCGGCAGCAAAAGGCACUCUGACCCCGUCAGCGCCAGCCCUCGCACCCCCACCCCCGCGCGUGGCGUCUCUCCCUCGACCUCCAGUAGCAGCGUCACCGGCAAGUCUUCGACGCUCAGCCGCUUCGCGAUCAAGUUCUUCCCUCGGUCGGCAUCACCGUCGCCUGCACCGGCUUCACCAGCUGCGGCGGUUCCACAUGGACGCGCUCCAGCUGAACCACCUCGUCCAUCCACUGCGCGCCGUCAAGCGCCUCCUCCGGCAGCUGAAUCGCCUGCCUGGAGUCCGCAACAGGUGGUCGUUCCAGCCCAGACCCGACUUGUUUUUCAGGAAAGCGAUACCGCCGCCUCGACCGGACACGCCACUCCCGUUUUCGACAAGAACAGCCAUCGUCAUCUCCAGGAGCAGCAGCAGCAUCGGUCGCCCCGCCACUGGUUCAUGCCGGGAAGGUUUCGGGUCUCUGGUGGCGUGAAUUGA